CUUUACCCGUCUGAGAGUGGAUUUAAUGAAACACCUCUGAAGAUCCACGUCCCGAGGCUGCAGCCCCCGAGGGACACGGCGUGGAGGCGGCUCGUCGGUGUGAUGGAGGCCUCUCCAGGCCCCUGGUUCGCUUCCGCCUGCGGCGUCCAAGAGGAGCAACUGGGGCGUCAGACACGGACGACGUGAUUGGUCGUCGUCAACCUCACAACCUUCUCGUCCCUCCGGCGGUCGCCCGGUCCUGAGGCGAGGCCCCGAGAGGACACGGAUCAGCUGUUGAAUCGGCGAAGCGUCAAAGUCAUGAUCGACUGGCCCAAUGUGACGGCGUCCGGCCACCAGGAGCUGGGCCUGAAGCCCGAGGACCUGCAGAAGUCCAAAUGUGUGCUGGGCUUCGUCCCCGUCGUCUACUACAGCGUCCUGCUCUGCGUGGGAGUCCCAGUGAACAUCCUCACAGCCGUGGCCUUGUCCCGCCUGGCGUCCCGCACCAAGAAGGCUCUGUACUACUACCUGCUGGCAGUGACGGGCUCCGACAUCCUCUCGCAGCUCUUCAUCAUCUUUGUCGGCUUCCUGCUGGAGACGGCGGUGUUCCACCGCGACGUGCCCGCGCUCCUGCUGCACUCCGUCAGCGCCGCGGAGUUCGCCGCCAACCACGCCUCCAUCUGGUCCACCGUGCCCCUCACCGUGGACCGCUAUGUGGCGCUGUGCCACCCGCUGCUCCACCGCCAGAUCAGCUACCCGGCGCGGGCCAGGAAGAUCAUCGCCGCGGUGCUGACGCUGUCGCUGGUGUCGGGCGUGCCGUUCUUCUGGUGGUCGGACAUGUGGAGGAACAGCCACCCGCCGACAGCGCUGGACACCGUCCUCAUAUGGACACACGUGACCAUCAUCUACUUCCUGCCCUGCGGCAUCUUCUUGGUGCUCAACUCUUUGAUAAUCCAGAGGCUGAGGGCGCGGCAGAGGCAGCAGCGUUGCUGCGAGGAAUGCGGGCCGAAGUCGGCGCCUCUGGGGCGACUCGGGAAAACCACGGCCAUGCUGCUGGCCAUCACGUCCGUGUUCUCCGUGCUGUGGGCCCCCAGGACGGCCGUGGUCAUCUACCACCUGUACGUGUCCUCGGUGCACAGGGACUGGCGCGUGCACUUGGCGUACGACCUGUCCAACAUGCUGGCCAUGCUCAACACGGCCGUCAACUUCUUCCUCUACUGUUUUGUCAGUAAGCCGUUCCGCGGCGCCGUGCGGGACGUGGUGCUGCUCCGGGGGGGCCCGCUGUAUCCUCGCCGCAAUCUGCCGCAGCAACAUGCCCCCACCAACGCCUCCAUCUCCUCUCUGUACAGUGGGAACAACAAGCGCUCACAGCGGGACUCCGCCCCCCUGUCACCUCGCGGGGACAGAAAACCCUCGUGACCCGGCACUCCCUCCCCUUAAUCCAAAACACCCGUCGUCCCACGCCCCCCGAGCGCUCCUGACCUCAGGACGCCCUCUGCGUUCCAGCUCCGGCCGUGGAUGUCUGCCAGUCGGUCCCCUCAAGGGCCCCGACGUGAACUCCGCUCACAAGAGGAAUGUUUUUUUGUAUGAUAGUUAUUGUUAUGUUUGUGAACGUAAAUCAGAGACAGUGACAACUUUUUUAUUUCACUUCAAUUUUUUUUUUCCUUUUCCACACAUGGUAGAAAUGUGACAACAAUUUUUUUUUUAUAGUGUUUACUACACAGAAGGGAAAAGUCAAAUGAAGCAUCAUGUCUGAAAGCGGCUACUGUACGUGUCAUCCCUCUUUCAUGAUGUCAAGUGUUGUUACGUUUUAAAAACUCUAUUGAAAUAAUACAAGUUUAAUUUGGCUGAUCUCCUCUGCAGCUGUGUGAAGAUGCUGAAUGUCCACCUCGCUCUGCCAGGCUCAGAAAUCACAGCCGACUGUUUAUUUUCCAUGAAAUGUAACUGGAUGGAGCCUUAAAUGAGAAUCUGGAGCGAGGACCCUGCUCCUCAAACGGACCCCACCGCUAUGUCACCGACUGGGCCUCAGCUCCGGCUAAACAAACCCCCGAUCACACACACACACACACACACACACACACAGACACACACACACACACACACACACACACACACACACACACACACACACACACACAGACACACACACACAGACACACACACACACACACAGACGCACACACACACACACACACACACACACAUUUUCAAGUGUAUCAGUUGUUGUGUGAAUAGGUGAAGAUCUGCACAUUUGCAAAUAUGAUUUUUAAGUAUUGAACGAGUCGCGUGUUGUUGACGUGUACAUUUACUUUCUUUUGCUGCUAUGAAAAUUACAUUUCAGUGCCAAACUUUGAAAUAUGUAAAAAGCUACUUGUUGUACGACUUUGUGUUCGGUACUGAAAGAUUUCCAAACACACGUUUUGCACCACAAAAUGUUCACGGCAGAUUUAUUUAUUGCCAAUAUUCAAAACUGAGCUUUCAGGUUCACAAAAUGAAUUUUCCUUUGCAACUUUGUCAGUUGUUGGCGCAGAAACACUCUGGUUUCCAAAUCUCAGAUCUUGUUCGCACUGAACGCGACGUGAGUCAUCGCCUGGCGUCGCUCUGUGAGUUUGGUCGCAGGAUCAAUUUAGGUUUAGCGAGAGAAGACGCAACCCGCGAAUAUCGCUGAGGUCGGGAGGAGCUCGUCGCUAAUUGGCUGGAUCCUGAAUUCUGAAUCCUGAGUUCUCAGCUCGAAGGGAAAUGUUCCAGCUCACAGUUUUGAUUUCAUGAAGCAGCGUCGUCCACCAGCGAGCUCUGAUCAACGCCUGCGCUCACAGAUGUUGGAUCAAGAUUCACCAGGUGGAAACGAACACGAGUCUUCAGUCACCACCAAGUCUGUGACAUCCGUCUGCAUCACCUCCAACCUCGGCGACGCAGACUCCAGUACAGUACAAACUGAAUAUGCCUUCUUCCAUUCACGUCCGUGACCCCCCCACCUGCCCCCGCGCUCGUCCCUCCUCGUGCUCGCCGUGUUUACAGGAACAGCGAGAGACGCCGCGUCGCUCGUCCCACACUGAGUUCUGAGGGUCUGGACGCAGAUGGAGAUACGAAGCGUUUCUUUGAACAUUGUCUCCCGCUGCCCGACAGGAACAGAGGGGGGGGGGGGGGGCGACCUCCACCUGGUGAGGACAGUGACUGUACAAACAGUGAAGAACCGUAAUAUGAUUUUAAGACGCCGGAGCAGGCGUCUGAUUAAAGUUUAAUGGAGCCGCGCUGAAGCUGACGGGGGACGAGAGGGACGCUGGAGAGAGAGGGUGAACGCUGCCGGGGGCCGCACGUCCCCCCGUCCGCCGGCCAUCUGUCCUUUGUCCCUGUUCAAACACGAAUCUGCUUCCAUUCAGCUCCGCCUGCUGCUCAGCAGGUGUCAGGGGGACGCGAGCGACACGUCCGUCCUAUCAGAGGCACUGAUGUCUGGAUACGGGAAGGUGACAGGAAGUGAUGGAAACAUACUCCGGAAUCUCCAGAGAAGCACCGGGGUGAGGUCCAAUUGUCAAAUUUGCUUUGCGGAAGUUUCCUAAAUCUUCAAGUGACCCGGAAGUAUUGGAUCGUCAGCCACGAUGAGAGCUGUUCAGAUUCUCUAAAUGUUUAGGAAAGGAGCUCCAAUGCUUCUUUCCCUGUCUCCUUUAACACUGGAGCUUCCUAUGUGAAAGGAAAGGAGAGAUAGACGACCCACAAUUCAUUGCGGCAGCGACAUUUAACGUGACGCGUCAUGAACGAACGUAAACGACUC